CUGUUGCACAUCCAUUUCCAUUUCUGCCAAAUUUAGCGAAAAGAUUCCACAGUCGCCCAUGUUUAUUGUUUACGCGGGGGAAGGCGCGCGGUUUCGAUGUCGACGACCUUUCACGCUUUCGCCUUUCGCUCUUUCGUCGUUAGUCGUCGUGUCGUCAUCAGUCGUGAACAAAGUCAUGGAGCAAACGGAGCGUUAGAAUGUGUUCUUAACUGAUCUACGCGUUCCGUGAACGCGUAGCAUGUCACUUGAUUUGUGCUCGCAGGAGCAUGUCUCCGCUGUUGAUUGUCAAUUACGGCACUGGAAGUCGCAUGUUAAUGUGUACACUUCUAUGUGUAUUCAUUUUAUUUAUGUCGAUAUCUUACUACACCACCGUGAUCAUAGCAGGUCAAACAGUUUUUGUUAUUGGAGACAACAUUUGGAAGCUGGUCCAGCCCGAAGGACAUUCAUUUGCUUUGCGUACGCUUCUUGAAAUUCUUCACUUGGGAACAUGUGAAAUAUCCGAGGAAAUAGGUUCAAGAGAAAAUGUUACUCUUCACGCACAGUUCAAAGGAAUUGACUACAGUUCUUUGUCAAGAGACAUAACAGAGGCGCCUUUGGACCCUUCAGGGAGUUUUCGCAGCUUAUACAAAUGGAUGCAACCUGCAGUCAAAGAAAAGGCCUUCCCGCUGAACGCGUUUAGGUUCUUCAUGCCAACCUCAAGCCCUAUCCUCGGGUAUACAUGGUGGCUUAUUGGCCCAGGAACACCUGAGCAAUUGGACAACUUCCGCUAUGAACCAUCAACAUCAUCCUCAAAAGCAGAAAAUUUUUUUCAUAACCUCUUGUCCAUGUUCCACUCAAGUGUAUUCCUUCUCACAAGGGCACAACCAAGAGGAACGGUUGUGAUCGUCUCAGGAAUAGGAAAUGGAACUCUCGAUAUUCGCUUCAGGAUGCAUGCAGAAUUUCAGCUGAGCGACCCUCCCCAGCUUCCGUUUUGGUUUACUCCGAGCCAGUUCAGUGGACGUGUUGUUCUUGCAGACGAUGGCAAGAUGUUAAAAUAUUUUCACAUGAACGUUCCUGCUAACAGACGACAUAAUGUUGAUCUAGAAUGGCUGACCAGACAUGGCAGAGAUAAUGGCGAAAGCAUGGAAGUGGACAUAGGAUUAGUUCCUGAAAUGUUGUUAUACUUCGUUGGUAACGAGGAAAUAUCGGAUGAUAUAUGGGACCAGAAGUUAGAUGCCCACCAUGCUCAACAACUUCUGGAUCAGGCCUUGUAUCGUUUCUUAGAGGUGCCUUAUUAUAACAUUAGUACAGCCCUACGAAAAGCAUCAGUCACAAAGAAGCUGCUCCACGUCAUUGUCUCCUGGGGAUCCUUGGAUGACCAGUCCUGUUGAGGAAGUGGCAGGACUCUACGUGAUGGACCACUUGCAGGCCGUAGAGUUCUGGACUUGUUGCACAAGCAUUUUGUUAGCUCCUGGAGCUUACAGCUUGAUAUGAUGGACAGCAAUAAUAAAGAAAGCAUAGAAGAAGCCCUCGUGGCAGCAUGCCGUAAGGGCUAUAGAUUUCCGGUACAAAUUUUCACUUUCCUUCCAAAUGCAACUUUGCUGAAGACCCUCAACGUGAACGACCUUCUUGAUAUUGGCAUCAUAGACGAAUCCGAGUUCUAUGGAUUCAGCGAUCCCCUCGAAAUGAGGUAUUACCGUUUCCUGGAAGACUCUGUUAGAGAGGCAGCACACAAGUACAAAGUUACAACAACAACAGUGUAAUGCGCACCACACCCUGUGGAUGACAUGCACUCUGCAGCUCCAAGCAACGAUUAAGUGCCUCGCUUUUGCCCACUACGCUGCUCAAGACUUAUACUGCGCACAAGGCGUAUUUAUUAAUAUUUUCAUUACCCUGUCAAGGUAUUUUUUUACAUAGAUAGUACUUGAGCCUCAUGUUUUCAGGGUUAAACCCAGUAAACUCUAGUUGCUUACCCCUCCCCCAACCCAAUAUGCAUCGUCAACGCUUACGGUAACACCCGAAAAAAUAUAUAUAUAUAUAUUAUCUUGCCAAUCCAGCCACCAAUACAGUCACUGGGAAAUGCUGAGCCUCUUGCAUUCACAUGAAAUGCGAGAAGAAUUUUUUUAUUUUCCACUUGAAAAGGUGCCUUUCCACCCAAUUUUGCCAUUUUACAAAUGACCUACUAGAGUAUAACAGCCACGUCAUAGGUACCCCUUCCCAGCGCCACAUUUGGAAGCUAGCGGUGGCGCUACUCAUCGGCCCAGUUAUUGCUUCCUCAAUUUCUACAAUACUUUGUACUUCAGCUUACCUUUAUAUUUUUGUACAAGCGAUGGAUGUCCCACGGGAGAUGCUCCUUUCUAAAGUUGAUUAUCAUCAUCAUUCUGGGCGUUUUCAUAGGAGCGGUUGCUGUCGUCUGCUACGGUUGUCGUAUGUCCGCUUCUGCACGUUCAGAAUUCAAAUUUCCAUUGUCAAAUCAUGAUGUAGAUCUCGUGGGCCGAUGAGUAGCACCCCUAGCGAAUCGUGCGGAUGGGCUGCUGAUAGGGGUUGCCGAUUAUGACAUGGUCAUUAUCCACGGUCAUUGUUGUCUAGUAGGUCAUGGUUUUACAGCUCCUGAAAUAAAACGUGAUUUUUGCCCCUGCUCCAAUUUUGGAAAAACACAGAGGUCUGUAAAUACUCCAUGUCCACAUGGCUGCUACUUUCUCUCGGGCCUGUGCAAUACACAAUGCUGACAACUGCAGAGCCACAUGUUAUUGCAUCAAGAGUUUAUAAAACUUUGUGCACAUCUGUUUUUAUUGCUGCUGACGCACAAGCACUGGUGUCCUCCUGCAUAGCAGGUACACACAAAACACUGUUGGCAACAAUGUGGUAGGAAGAGAGAGGUUUCUCAUAAUGAAGCCGUUUCUCGAAACUGUAACACUACAGAGGGAAGUGGUGGAUAGCCAGAAAUUAUUUUCCUACAGAAAAUAAAGAUCAAGACAUUUUAUUUGCAAAAA